AACCAAAAACUGUACAUUUUCUUAGAAAUGCUACAACAAAUCCUUCAAUUAAUAAUACCAACCAAAACGCGUAAUGACAAUACCAAUUAAUAAAUCAAUAAAUAAUAAAUUAACUAAUUAAUUAAACUGUACGUGCACACCUCAACUAGCCAGUGUCAGUGUCGCAAUGCAUCGAUUCAACAGUUUACAUCAUCACGACAUUCCACCAUCUGACAAGCUCCUAACUCUAUUCACUAGAAGAGACAUUUUCCCACGACGUUGGCAUCUGCAUGGCUGCUGCUCAUGGCUUCCAGCGGUCUACAUCAGGUAAUUCGUUUUACUGUAAACGCCCACCGACUAACAAGACCAAUGCGGUCUAAUCAAUCGCCAACCCUAAUACAAUCCCAUUAUUAAAUUUUCAAAUCGGAUGCAUCUCCGAUCGGUCACGUGCACGGCUUCUCGACCCUCAGUACCCGGAUAUUUGCUUAUCGAUGGAGCCGGAGUACGCUGAAGGGCCUUCGAUUAACGAAUGGCUUCAAUGUGGGAUUUGUUUAGAUGUUUACAAUGAGCCGACCGUGUUGAAAUGCUCACAUAUCUUCUGUAAGUCGUGUAUUGAGAAGUGGGCGGAGCGUCGGAAAAAAUGUCCGAUCUGUAAUGCCGACUUGGGGCCCAACGAUACGCAACCUGCGCCGCCCGUCUACCGCGAAAUGCUCUCAUCACUGCGUGUUCGAUGUAACAAUCAUCAGGACGGCUGUUCGACCACAUUUCCGGGUAAUAAUUGGAAGGAAGCGCUGACUGAACAUCUGACUGUGUGUCAGUAUGCCACAGAGCUUUGUGUGUGUGGUCAACGCAUUGUGAGCGUACAGAAAAACACACACGUUGAAACUGAAUGCGAAUUGACGGUAGUUUGUUGCCCGAAUAAUUGCGGGGGAAAAAUGCAGCGAAGAUCUAUGGCAAAUCACACGUGUGUGGAAUAUUUGAGUUCAAGUAUUCGGGCUGUUAAGGAAGAGAGUGCGAGGCGAGAGAGGAGGAUGAUGGCCUUGCCUAGUCAUGUCUCAAGCUUGCGGACACAGGUUGUAGAUGUAAGGGCUGAUGUCCGGCAGCUUAAACGUGAAAUGAAAACGUUAAUGGAUGAAGCAAGACUUUGGAUGACAGACACUACGAAAGACUUGGAAGCACUUAAGAGAGAUACGACUAAUGCUCUUACACAGAUCCUUACCUGGGCGAUUCCAGCGGUUCAUUCUUUGCAAGAACGAUCGCCCGUGUCUCGACAGACACGACAGUGUCGGUCUUGUCAACGGGAGAGUCUAACGUUCAGCAAGCAAUCGACACAUCUUAUAAACUCGGUUUCGUUUCCAUCCCCGAGCCUCAGUCGAACACAGAUGCAGAGUCCGAGUGCAAUACUCUCGGAAGAGAAGUAUGCACCGUCACAGCUAAUGCUGGGCACACAGCAGAGCACAGGCAGACAACUAGAUACUUCGAUCGGACGGUUGUGUGAGUGGCAACUUCCUACCUCUCCUGUGUGGUACUGUGAAUGGUGCCUCAGCAGCAACAGUAGAAACAAGGUGCUCUGCUCUGAAUGUAAUCGACGACGUCAAGGUCUUUCCACCUCUCAUCUCUUGCCGACUCCAAACAUGGAAACGAUAGAAUGCGCCGGCCUCUGGAUUUGCUCUCUUUGUGAGAAUAUAAAUUCCCACUCGGAUUGUAUGUGCAGGUGCGGACACAAAAAGUCAGAUCAAAUGCUGUCAUCGAUGCUCAACAUGCAUAUAACUGUCAGACGAAUGUUGCACAAGCAAUUGCAACUGUGGAAAAAAGUAAACACAAUUGUCUCUGGUGACAGUGAGGAAUGCAGUCAGGAGCGACUUGUGACACUUCUUGAGGCAUUGAAGUACAAUGUACACCAGCUGCUUCUAAGACAAAUAAAACUGUGGACUAAACUACCUGGAAGCAUAAAGUGAUGCACUAUGCUUGAGCCUAAAAUAGUGAACUAUUGUUAACUAGACACUUGCAAUAUUCACAAAUCUAUCAGGGAGUGUUUGUACUAUUCAUGGGUCACACGCUAGCAGACACAAGCAGACACGAGCAGACACCAGCCUGCUGUUAGCCCAUUCCCAGGAAAAAUCCCCAGAAUCACAAGGAAGGUAUCCCUACAACUGAGUGUACAUCAGGCACUAUUGACAACUCCAUCUUGUGUCUGUUCCGGCUUAUUUCAAUGUAGUUAAGAAGACAAUUUUUAUCCAUACCUAAUACAACAGAUCUCUAUAUAAACUUUGACAUUGUCAGUUCUAAGUGUGGCUACACACCUAGGGGGCAUAAAAGAAAAAACAAACAAAUACAGUAAUUCAAAUAGAAUAAUGUAACUUGAUCCACAAGUAAAGUUUUUCUCGAUAAACAACAACAUACCUUGCAAGAGUUCACAAACAGUGUCGAACGAGUCAACAGUCGACAGCAA